GAAACAGAAUAAUCUGAACAUUUUUUUAUAUAUUUUUUUUUUCAUUCAUUUUCUAGUAAACACAUACAAACUUAACAUCAAAUAAAGAAAGAGAGAAACAAAAAUGCAGAAAACAUCAACCAAAAAUAAGGAAAACACCCACGGCAGAGUUUUUUUGGGAAAGAUGGAUCCAGAUCUGAUGGGAGGGAUCCCACCCACGGGACCAGGCUCCCAUCGUCUCCUUCACCAUCGUUCCCACAAAAACCCGUGUUUAGAAAUUUACCUAAACAGAAAUGGACACCACAAGAUAAGUUUCCUUUUCAGCCGCCGUCAACUUCCUAAGAAAAUGCUUUCUUCCCUUCAACCAGCCUUUCUCCCUCUCGGACUCUUCUUUCUUCUGUCUCUCUUUUUUUUUCACAGUGACAAGAAGAAAAUGAAACCCAGAGAAGAACCAGAAUCCAAAAAAAAACAAAACAAACUCGAAAAUCAACCCCCCCAGACCUCCCUGUACUCUUCUUUUUGCUCUAUAUAUAUACCCAAAAAAAAAAAAAAAAAAGAUGAAAAAGCCUUGCUCCAAUUUUGUCUGGUAUUGCCUGUUUUUUCUGUAGGUGAGGCAAGGACAUGGCUGUAGCGAGCAAGAGGGCAGAGGCGCGGGAUUGGAGCGCAGGCUCGGUGCAGCAGCAGGGGGCACUGAGGGGUGCAGGAUCGGGCAGCAGCAAGCUAGGGGUAUAGGGGUGUAUGAUUGCUGAUGAUGGAUCGGGUGUGCAGGGGCAUGAUUGCCGGAAGUAGGGUAGCAGAGGGGAGGAGAUCUGGGCGCAGAGGUGAGGGGAUCUGGUGCAGAGCAAGGCUCGGGUGCGGAGCAAGGCUGGCGCUGUGCAGAGGGGAGAGGAAGCUGGUUCGUGCACAGGGGGGUGGAGGCUAGUUCGUGUAGAAGGGGGGGUGGAGGCUGAAGGUCGACGAUGAAGAAGAAGGUUCGAGAUCCCCUUUUAUUUUUUU